AUGUUGAGAUGGUACCAAGCCCGCCUGGCCGCCCGGCCCCUGCUCACCCAGAGCGUCACCACCGCCAUCCUCUUCGCCACGGGCGACAUCGUCGCCCAGCAGGCCGUCGAGAAGAAGGGCAUCGAGAAGCACGAGCUCGCCCGCACCGCGCGCAUGGCCCUCUACGGCGGAACCGUCUUCGGCCCCGCCGCCACGACCUGGUUCGCCUUCCUCCAGCGCAACGUCAACCUGCGCUCCCCCAACGCCACCAUCCUCGCGCGCGUCGCCCUCGACCAGGGCGUCUUCGCCCCCACCUUCAUCGGCAUCUUCCUGUCCUCCAUGGCCGUCCUCGAGGGCUCCUCGCCCAGGGAGAAGCUCGACAAGAGCUACAUGUCCGCCCUGACCACCAACUGGAUGAUCUGGCCCUUUGUGCAGAUGGUCAACUUUCGCUUCAUGCCCCUCGAGCACCGCGUCCUGUUUGUCAACAUUGUCAGCAUCGGCUGGAACUCGUACCUGAGCUACCUCAACAGCGCCAAGUGA